ACAGGCGGAGCGAGGAACAUCGAAGAAGAAGUAGUGUACAGCUGCGCUAGCAGUGUGUUAGCAGACAGUCGAGCAUAAUUUAGUCGUUUACACUUUUACUUGUACUUUAUUAAGAAGAACCAUGUCGGAAAGAAAAGUUUUGAACAAAUACUACCCACCAGAUUUUGAUCCAUCUAAAAUCCCUAAACUUAAACUUCCCAAAGACCGACAGUAUGUGGUCAGAUUGAUGGCACCGUUUAAUAUGAGGUGUAAAACCUGUGGAGAAUACAUAUAUAAAGGAAAGAAGUUCAAUGCUCGUAAGGAGACCGUUCAGAAUGAACUCUACAUGGGGCUGCCCAUUUUCCGUUUCUACAUCAAAUGCACAAGAUGCUUGGCUGAGAUCACCUUUAAGACGGACCCAGAGAACACAGACUACGCCAUGGAGCACGGCGCAACACGAAAUUUUCAAGCAGAGAAACUGCUCGAAGAGGAGGAGAAGAAGAUCCAACAGGAGCGAGAGGAAGAAGAGCUCAAUAACCCGAUGAAGGUUCUGGAGAAUCGAACUCGGGACUCAAAGAUGGAGAUGGAGGUGCUGGAGAACCUGCAGGAGCUGAAGGAGUUGAACCAGAGGCAGGCACAGGUGGACUUUGAGGGAAUGCUGAAUGAGUAUAGAGAGCUGGAGCAGAGACAGAAAGAGAGAGAGAAAGAGGAAGAUGAGCGAGAGACCAAAGAAAUGUUGGAGAGAGCGCUAGUCAAACGGCUGAGAGACUCCGACUCUGAAGAAGAGAAAGAGGAUGGACCACAACAAGGCAGAAAACACGCAGCUGAAAACCCCACAGAUAUUCUCACCACAGACAUAAACACAGGCCCACAGAGCUCGUCCACUGUGGCUGUGAAGAAACAAAAGGUAGAGACCUGGGAGAGGAGCGUCGGUGGUCUUAAAGGACGGGCAGCGCUGGGAUCACUGAUAGUCAGGAAAAAAGCACCCAAUUCUUCAUCUACUGCAUCGCAGCUGCCUUCUGACAAGCAAACAGGUGCUGAGAAACCCGCAUCCUCAACAGCAACAGCUGGUGCUUCCAACAGCCAGACAGUCACAUCUACGAACGGUUCCUCUCUCAGUCUAUUGGGGGCAUACUCGGACAGCGAUGAAAGCAAUUCAGACUAGACUGAACACAAUUCACUGCGGCAUCUUCAAUGAGAAGUCAUUCAGACUGCAAAAAUGUGUUUUUCAUCAGCCCAAAUGAGACCAACGCUCUCCACGUGACCCAGAGCUUAACAUGUUUAAAGAUUUCAUUUUAUCAUUGAUUAUCAUUUAAUAUAGAGCAGCAAAAACUAUGAGGAACUGUUUCAAUUUCAUUGAUUUUGUUUUUAAAAUAUUUUAUCUUGAUGUCUCUCAUGUACUCUACAAUAUGUUUCUAAUACAUUUUGUACAUAUCAUAAAACUCUUGUCGAGCAUCACAAAAGAUGCUUUCACCUUCCCAUUCAUCAAACAAAUAAAAUGUUUAAUUUGUUUCAA